AAAAGAGGACUACAACUCCCGUCACAUGACCGAGAAACCCGGAAAUACAAAGUCUGGUGACGAGAUGUUUUAAGGGAGAGGGCUACAGUGGAGCUGUAAUUAUGUAAUGGAAAACGUGCAUGUUUUUUUUUUUGUUGCUUUCAUUGUUUUGAACCUCAGUGUCUGACUAACUGAGACUGUCGAUGUAAAAGCUAAACUGUCCAUCUGGCGCCAACAGCAGCCUUUGUUUUAAUUCAUGGACAAAGACAAGUCUAGCGACAUUCAUGGUCCGUGCUCCUGGAUGGAGAUGCAUCAGUUCAUUGGUGACCUUUUAACAUCUGGAAACUCCUCCAAGGAUCAGCCAGAUGGGCUGAACUCAGCGUGGGGCAUGGCCCAUGGUGGUGGUGGUGCUGCUCUGGGUUUCAAAGGUGCUUCACUUGAGCCUCUACAACCACCUCCGCCCACUCAGGACAAAACAGAGGCAGAGCCAGGCCGGCACAUCCAGCCCAGGGCGACACAGAGGAAGGGAGAGUCCAGAGGCAGGAGAGAAGAUGUGCAUCAUGCCUGCGCCUGUCCUGGCUGCCCUUCCUCCACCUCCCCACCUUCCUUUGAAACGUUAAAACCCCGACAACCUUUGUCCUCACCGCCACGCUCAGAUGCAGUAUGCCACGCCAAAGACCUUAGCGGCACUGCUCCAAUGAGCCUUGGCAUGUGCUCACCGGACACCACCGAGCAAAGCGGUGCAGCCACGUCUGAGUUAGAAGCCGGGACGUCCAGCCAAUUGCAGGGGGAGGAUGUGGACAGAGGGACUCAGAGCCCAGACCAGAACUCAGAAUCUCCUCCAUCCAGAGCGUCCUCAGGCUCCCUGUCCAGUCUCUCCGUGUUUCCCUGCUUGUGUUGCCACCGCGGCCUCCAGACCUGCACCCAGAUACUGGGUCACCAGGAUGGCACAGACUCCCCGUUUUCUCACACCCACGCCCAUCACCAUUUCCAUCACCACCACUGCCCCAUAACCUCCUGCUUUUCCUGCCACCAGCUCGCCCACCCUCACUCCCCACAGCUCUCGGGUCCCUUUCCCUGCUUCUCUUGCCAGCGUUCCUUCCCCACCUGUUCUCAGGCCUGCCAUCACCAGCAGCACCGGCGAACACAGCAACAGGACGAGAGAGGCGGGACGGCCGCGACCCUGCUGUCGCUGCAUCCCUGCAUGCACUGCUCCGCCUCCUUCUCCAGGCCGUCCCAACUUCUGCAGCACCAGCGCUCCGAGCAUGCCCACAAACCGUCCGGCUUCCUCUGCACGGAGUGCGGCAGGGCCUUCAACUCGCACAGCAACCUCCGCAUCCACCUCAACGUGCACACUGGCGCCCGGCCCUACACCUGCUCUGACUGCGGUAAGAGCUUCAGCCAGUCGGGGGCUCUGAAGAUUCACAGGCGGAUUCACACAGGGGAAAGGCCGUACUCCUGUGGAUUUUGCGGCAGAGGGUUCCCCCAUCUCGCAGGGGUCCGGGCCCACCAGAGGACCCACACUGGAGAAAAGCCCUACCGCUGCAGCCAGUGCGGGAAGUGUUUCACCCAGUCGGGAGCUUUGAAGAUCCACACCCGCAUCCACACGGGAGAGAGGCCCUUCAUCUGCAGCCUAUGUGGGAAGGGCUUCUCCAACCGCUCUGGGAUCCGCUUCCACUACCGCACAGUCCACGGGCUGGCCUCUGAACAUGCCGGAGAAGCUGGUGGUGGGGCUGCAUAUCGUGGAGCGGCGGGCCGUGGUUACCCACCCGGGCGUCCCCCUGCCAGCGCCAGCCUCAAUACACCCAGCAGUCAGGACAGGGACUCUCAUGCAGCUCCGAAUUCCAGAGGUUCUCCUGCGUCUGCUGCUGCUCAGUCUGAGGCAGGAAACCCCGGCAGUAACAGAGAGGUGCUCCUGUAUGCAUGUGAAGACUGUGGCCUGCGUUUUAAAGAUGCCCCAUCCAGGAACAGACACCAGACUCUAGUACACUACUCGUCUGAGGGGAGAGAGGAGGACGGGGAGGCAGGGGCAGAGGAUAGAGCUAAGCACAAAUGAGAGGAGUAUCAGCAGAGAGUGGAUCAAUGUGAGUAAAUUAUGUUUUCAUUGAUUUAUUUGGGAUAUAUUUUGUUUCAAUUUAAAAAGUCUUUGAUGUUUCACUACCUUUUGGAGCUACUGUAGACUGAAAUUUUAGUUUUUUGAAUACAAUUUGAUUUAUUGCACCUUUUAGGAUUUCAAGGAGAGAUUCUGUACAACUUGUAUACAAAAUUUCACUCGGGCUAUUAUCAAGACAUAAUAGACCUAAAACUUCUUUAGCUUCUAAUUGAUAAAAAGUGAUUUUAUAGAAGUUCAUACUUCAUAUUGGUUGACAUUUUUCUAUUAGUGUGGUAUCCAGUUGUCUUAAAAUAACCUUAAACACAUCACUGCUGCAAUCACCCACAAGAGGCCAAAAACAGUAUUAUCAGUAGUUUUAUUGUGCCUUAUUCAGCAGUGAAAGAGGUUGUAUUCUCUUUGUUGUAUUAGAGCGAAUAAAUCGCUAAAUGUGCCAUCACAAAACUUGUCAAAGCAUUCCCAGAUAUUAAAAUGUUUGAGGGUCAUCUUUCUGCUACCUGACCUUUAUCUUACAAAAUGCCUUGUAAUAAGAUAAAGUACAAUUUUCUAUGGAGUUUGCAUGGCUUUGAAAUAUAAGUAAAAAAAAAAAAGAA